AUGGAUGCUCUGCGGGAAUGGAUGGAGUCUGAUCUGGACGUUUUCAUGGUUGCCACAUGGACGCUCUGCGGGAAUGGAUGGAGUCUGAUCUGCGACGUUGGUUGUCAUGGUUGCCACAUGGAUGCUCUGCGGGGGCGGAUGGAGUCUGAUCUGGAGCGUUAUCAUGGUUGCCACAUGGAUGCUCUGCGGGAAUGGAUGGAGUCUGAUCUGGACGUUAUCAUGGUUGCCACAUGGAUGCUCUGCGGGGACGGAUGGAGUCUGAUCUGGACGUUAUCAUGGUUGCCCACAUGGAUGCUCUGCGGGAAUGGAUGGAGUCUGAUCUGGACGUUAUCAUGGUUGCCACAUGGAUGCUCUGCGGGAAUGUCUGAUCUGGACGUUAUCAUGGUUGCCCACAUGGAUGCUCUGCGGGAGUGGGUGGAGUCUGAUCUGGACGUUUUCAUGGUUGCCACAUGGAUGCUCUGCGGGAAUGGAUGGAGUCUGAUCUGGACGUUAUCAUGGUUGCCACAUGGAUGCUCUGCGGGAAAGGAUGGAGACUGGUCUGGACGUUAUCAUGCUUGCCACAUGGAUGCUCUGCGGGAAUGGAUGGAGUCUGAUCUGGACGUUAUCAUGGUUGCCACAUGGAUGCUCUGCGGGGCACGGGCACCUCAGAGCCUGACCUUGCGGGCCUUCGAGCAGGGAAAGAUCAACCUUGGCGUAGACGGCACGGUUGUGAAGUCUCGGCAUAUGCCCGAGCCGAUGCUGGAGGCAAACGAGGCCACGACGGUUGCGAUCCAAGACUGCUUGGAGGAAGGAUGCUCGGUGGAGGCUCUCAUGGAGCUCGAUGGCAAGCUUGCUCGGGACGAAGCAAGAGUCAAGACCAUGCUUGACAACCUGCACGACGUGCAGAGCAAGGAGUACUGCGAGGACACUGCCGAGCAGAUUGCCUGGCUCAGCAACUUCCUGGAUCGCUCCGGGAGCCUCCGGGGACAGCUGGUGGCCGUGAAGAGCGUGAAGGAGCCGGAGCCUUUGGCCAAGCAGAUCAUGAAGGCCGCAGCCGUGGCCUUCGGUGGAGGCCGGCAGGGCGACUAUCCCAAGGUUGGCGUUUCUCCGUACAGCUCGUGA